AAAGUGCCGGUAGUUGGUCUGUCAAUGCACUGUCAAUUUCACCACUGGCUAAAGGCUUGUUUAAUAAGGUUAUCGGUCAGAGUGGCACAACAACAUAUACAAUAUCUGUCCAGUCUCAGGAAAUGCAGAAUGAUAAUGUGAACACACUAGCAACAUUGACAGGUUGUGAAUCAGAAAACACAGAUGAAGUGGUGGAUUGUCUUAGAACAAAGCCAUAUAUGGACUUAGUAAGACCAACACCACUAAAAGAGGAUGACCCACAACCUGAAUUGAUGUGGAGUCUUAGAUUUGGAGAAUCAUCUUUUCCCAAACACCCCUCAGAUCUCCUUGAAGACAAGGAGAUUCAAGAACAACUGAAAGGGAUUAAGUUCAUAUAUGGAGUCAAUGAUAUUGAAGGCUACAUGUUUGUACCUACGAUGAUGGCAACAUUUUUUGCUGAAAGAACACUAGAAAAUUGGAGAAAUGACAUGAAGAUAGUGUUGAUGAUGUGCAUAGGCAUAGCCCCUCCAAGUGAAGACAAUCAACCAUUAUAUGAUGAAGUAAUAGAUGCCCUGUUUGAUCACUACGUCAAAGUAUCUGACCCUACAGAGGAAG